AUGCGCCUGGCUUUCGAGCGCGCAUGGGCGCGCGCCGACAAGCCGUUCCGCGGCCUGGGCCGCACCGUCAAGGGUGCGCUGAAUCGUCGCCUCGGCAUUUCCUACCGCAAGCGCAUGUGCGACGGGCACGGCUACUGCUUCGGCUGCGGUCACUACGAGCCAGCCGAAGGCGAGGAGGUCUCUCAACCCACCAGCAGGAAAACCAUGAGCGACUUUGCGAAGGGUGAACCGCAAGCCCUGGCGAAGCGCGGUAUCACUGAGGAAGCAUGCCGUAAGUACGGCUACUGGAUCGGCAAGGACAAGCACGGCAAGACCGUGCAGAUCGCCAACUACAAGCGCGAUGGCGGCAUCGUCGCGCAGAAGCUCCGCUACCCCGACAAGAAGUUCUCAUUCAUCGGCGACUCGAAGGCGUGCGGGCUGUUCGGCCAGCACCUCUACGAACCGGGGCGACGCCUCGUCAUCACCGAAGGCGAGAUCGACGCGCUCUCCGUGGCGCAGGCACUCGGCCUCCGCUGGCCGGUGGUGUCCGUUCCGAACGGAGCGCAAGGCGCGGCCAAGUCCAUCAAGCGCGAGCUGGAGUGGGUCAACGGCUUCGACGAGGUUGUGCUCAUGUUCGACAUGGACGAACCGGGCCAAGCCGCCGCGCAGGAAGUGGCGCUGCUGCUGACUCCCGGCAAGGCCAAGAUCGCACAGCUCCCGGCGAAAGACCCGAACGAGCUGCUCCAGCGUGGCGAUGCCGAGGCGAUCACCCGCGCCAUCUACGAAGCGCAGACCAAGCGCCCCGAUGGAGUGGUGACGUUCGGCUCCCUCAAGGAGAAGGCACUCAAGCCGGUCUCGAUGGGCAUGCCUUGGCACGACCCGCGCCUCACCGCGCUGACCUACGGCAAGCGGUACGGCGAGGUCUACACCUUCGGCGCGGGCACCGGCAUCGGCAAGACCGACUGGCUGAUGGAGGAAGCAGCCUUCAUCGCGCAGGAAACCGGCGACCGCGUUGGCCUGUUCUUCCUGGAGCAGCAGCCGGUCGAGACGGCGAAGCGCAUGGCAGGCAAGGUUGCUGGCCGCCGCUUCCACGUCCCCGAUGGGAGCUGGACGCAGGAGGAGCUGGAAGCCGCGUUCGAGAUUCUCGACAAGGGCCAGGUGUUCAUCUACGACCACUUCGGCUCGUCCGAGUGGGACGUGAUCGAAGCCAAGAUGGCCCACAUGGUCGUCGCCGAGGGCGUCAAGCACAUCGUCCUCGACAACCUCACGUCGUUUGCGGCCGGUGCCGAGGACGAGCGGAAGAUGCUGGAGGACACGAUGGCGAAGAUCGCGCAGUUCGCGCAGCGCCACCUCAUCUGCAUCUACCUGGUCUCGCACCUCGCCACGCCGGAAGGCAAGCCACACGAGGAAGGCGGGCGCGUGAUGCUCCGCCACUUCAAGGGCAGCCGCGCGAUUGGCUUCUGGACGCACUUCGCGUUCGGCCUGGAGCGCAACACGCAGGCCGAGAACGAGGCCGAGCGCAACUGCACGACCUUCCGCGUCCUAAAGGAUCGCUUCACCGGCCAGUCGAACGGCCAGGUUCUCUACUACAGCUACGACCACGCAUCCGGCCGCCUGCUCAAUGCAGAUGCUCCGGGCGAAUACGGCGACUUCGCCGACGAGUCAUCCGAUGUAUCCACCUCCGACUACUGA